UAAAGUUCCACCACCGACAUAACAGGCAAAGGUUUAGAGAAAACAAAGCAACAUCCGGCCCACAGACCUUCUUGAAACCGUUGAAACCGUUGAAAUUGGCUAAUAUGAAUGUAUCUGCGCUUUUGGUAUUGUUAAUGUUGUGCUCGGCACAACUCGACAUGACACUCGCACAAUCGAAUUAUGUACAGCAGGGUGACAGCGGGAAUUACACAACAAAUGGUUUGCCCGAGGAGGCAACUUUGGACGGGAAGGUUACAAAAUUGGACGAUAUUAGCCCAUUGAUAUUUCUGAAUCGCACCAAAGCUGCAUUGAAUUGUGCUGCUGGCUCAAUGCAAGUUGAUCUCAAGUUUAACGAACCUUUUCAUGGCAUCAUACAAGCUGACUACGAUCGUAGUAGCGCAUGUCGUGUAAAUGGUAAAGGAGCCUUAAGCUAUAGAUUAGAGUUGCCACUAAAGGGAUGUGGUACCAUACAGAAUCCCACACGAGUUUUCACCAACAACAUAAUCGUGCGCUUCCAUGCUAACCUAGAAAUGGAUGGCGAUGAGAUUAUAACAAUUGUCUGUCGUUAUCCACCACCAAUACCGUCACUGCCACCAGCAUUGCCAGCUCGCAUCUUAACUCCCGAUGUAGCUGCAGUCAUACAUCCACCACUUAAAGGUAUACAAAUACUGAUGAUCAUCUGUGCUAUUAUGUUCCUUACGCUACUACUGCUCGGUUUGGCUGUCUCAUAUUAUUGCCUGCGCAGCCGACCUAUACCAGUUGUGCGACGUUUGCCUAUGUCUAUUAGCAGCGGCUCUGAGAUCACUAAAUUAAGUGAUGGUAGUAUGGGCAAUAUUAGUACCUUUGAAGGAGUUAAAAUACCUCGUGCACAUGCUGCCUUAGCCGCAGUGCACAGCUCUUCUGGUAGCGAGGGUGCACUAAUACCUUCGGACUAUCCAAGCGAAUCACAUUCGGAAAUUGAAGAAAUCGAUACGAGAUCACUGCCAUUUAGUUCCGCCGGUAGUUUCGAAAAUCGCGCCUUUGUGCAAGAAACUUCAAGCAUUUAUAGUGACCACUACGGUCACACACAAGAGGUGCAAGCAGCAAAUGCAGUUGCAACUUCGGUGCCUCGUUUACCAAUUGCAGUCAAAGAAUCGCCUUCACCUAAAUUCGAUGUACAAGUACGAGUUAAAAAAUCACCCCCACCACCCCCAUCACCCGUUACAUCCGAUACAGAAAGCGUUGCUACACUACGACCAGAACGCAAUAAUUUAUCGACUAUUAUGGAAACCCAUGAAGAUCGUGAAAGUAUUAUUACAAUGGAUUCACUGCCAGCACAGGAAGAAACCGUGCAAACACAGUUCACUUACAUGCCUGAACUACAUCCUGCACCCAAACAAACAACUAUUGUAAUGCCACCACCACCAGAACCUGUAUUCUCUGUCUACACACGCACACACCAUGAAGUCGUUGACGGACGUCCAGAAACUUGGUCAGAUUACACUGACGGUCCUGCAGCAAGUGAAAUUACAGACUUGAUCUCCGAAGCACCAGAUAUGCAUUCAGUUGGUGAAAUUGUUGAUAGUACACACUUCUUUGAGGCAGAAUACCUACCACCAGAACCACCAAUUGUGAUCAAAAAACCACAAGUAACUUCGCAUAUAGUUGAUGAUGUAUAUUUGCGUACUAUAACUGAGAAAAAGACUAUUGAGGAUAUUGAAAGUCAUAAACGACGCGUUACUGAAUACAAACCUAGAGCUAAACCACUGCCACCACCAGUACCUGACCCAACUUGGGAUGUGAAAAUACGCAAUUAUCCAACUGAACGUGAACAAAUGCAAUGGGAGAACUUCUCAGAUAUAUCAAGCGCUUCUGGUAUGACACUGACACCCAAAAUGGAACGCUCAGAACUAACUUUACCAAUCAAACCAACUGAACCGCCACAGCAAAUUUAUGAUAACAAAGAAAAACUGACAAGUCCAGAAUUGGUUGGAAAUAUGAAACCAAUUGAGUUACCACCGGAAGACAAAGCUGUACCUAACUGGGAUGUGCUUAUACGUAUACUUGAAGAACCAGAAAUGUCAGAAGUUGAUGACGCCAGCUCUGUACACUCAAGCGUACAUCCAUUAACACGUUUCAUUAGCUAUGAUGAUAAAGCAAAAUGGAAGGAAAUCAUAACAACCGAAUCAUCACUACGUACUAUGUUAACAGAAGCAGUGGUACGGGAAGAUUUUGAACGUAUACGUCAAGAUACACGCUAUGAACGUAUAUUUGAACCACAAACAUGGGAUGUUAUUAUACGUAUAUUGGCACCGCCCAAUGAUGACGAUAUAGAUGUUGAAAUGCGUGCACCUAAACGUGGUAAGAAAACUCAACCUUGGGAUACACGUUCGCGUCGAAGCUCCUUGCCAACAUUAUAUGAAUACGACAGUGACGGUGGCUCCAGUGUGCGUACUAUACGUAAUGAUCCGACCAUGCCAAUUAAUGUUCAUACUGGUUUUAAUUUACAACGUUCACGUCGCUCUUCGCGUACUUCGUAUAAUACCGAUCAUAAUGAUUUCCGUUCCAUGUCAGAGGUAACCGUUGAUUUUGGACGUCCUGAGCAUUUGGAUAAUGUGUCAGAUGUCAGUUCAUUUUAUCCAAUGCAUUAUACAUAUGACGAUGAGGACCGACGUUCAUUCCAUCGCUCAGUAAGUCAUCCAUCAUUGGCACGUUCUGCUAGUGAGUUCACAGAACAUUGGGUAGCGCCAGAAGAUAUGUCCUCACCUGAGGGUACACCCAAAUCAAGAAGAUCGCAACGUUUGACAACAUUCCAACCACGCGUGCCAGCACCUCCACCACCGCCACGGGCUGGGCGCAUUGUGGCUCAAACUCAAAGUGAAUAUGUCGAGACUCGACGUAGCACUUAUAAAGGCGACAGUGGUGCACGUCCCAGAGAAUGGUAGACAACUGAGUAGUUGAUUUAUAUAUAUAAUGAAAUAGAAGUGACACUUAAAAUAUCAGUUUGAAGUCAUAAAAAUGUAAUAAUGUGAAAUAUUUAAAACAAUUAACAAAAAAGUGCCAAUUAAAUAAACUCCUGCCUAUGUUACUUAAAACUAAUAUAUGAAAAAUUGCUAAACUAAGAGUUAUACAUGAAACUCAAAAUAUAUAAAUGUAUGUAGAAAGCUUAACUAUAUAUAUCGCUAGUAAUUUUUUUUCCUUAUAUAAACUAAAUUAAGUCAAACUAUGCUAGUUUUAAGAUGAAAUCUUUUGUAUGAAUGCAAUUUAUAUGGGAUCUAGAGUCAAAGUAAUUUUUGAAAGCAUAUCCAACCAAGCAAAUUAAAUUGCUUUUAAAUACAGAGUAACAAAGUCAUGGACUUUGUGGUUUUCAAUAUUACUGCAGCGCAAUUCAAAAACUUGCCACUUAAAGAAAAUUAAUUUAGUAACCCGCAAAAGUUACUUUCAGUCCAAUUAACAUAAAACACGAUAUGCUUUCCCAUACAUAGCCCAAUUGAAACAGUAAAUUUGCUUAAAUUUAAGCAGACACACCGCAAUAAGUCAUGUAGUGUGGCCCGUGGCCUGUAAAUUUUGCGACGGAAAAUAAGAUGAGUUGCGCAAAAUGAGCCAAAAACCUUUUAGCCGGAAAGUAGGCAAUGUUUCAUGUCAAACCGAAAAAUGUGCCUUGUCUGCACGUCACAACUUAUGGCAACAGGAUGUUUGGUGCGGCGUUGCACAUGUGGCUUUAGCCUGGCAGGACAUUUGGUUAUACAAAUUUAAUGGAUCUUUUUAUAGGUGUAUGUGCCAAAGGCGGUGUAGUCACAGGUGAAUUUUAUGUGUGCCUCACAUGGAAAUUGCAAUAAAUCAAAAUUAUUUUCGCAUACGAAACAUAAUUUUUGCAAUUUAAGUAAGAUGAAAGCUAUAAUUUUUGCCUCAUAUUCUGAAGAGGAUAAUAUAUUAAUUAACGAAAUAUAAAAGCGGUUCAAACUAUUAGUACGAAUAGAUAAAAGCAAUUUUUUUAUGCAACUAAUUUUACAAAAAUUAUUUUCUAUUAGAAUUAUAAGAAGAAAUAGGUGUAAUAGUUCUAAUAGAAAAGAUUGGCUGUAAAAUGUAUUUUUUAUUAAAAUUUGAAAGUAUUAAUAAAUAGUUAAAUAGAAUUUUUCUAUACAAUACAAUUUACAGAAAUGACAAAUACUCUAUACAUAUGAACCACAAUUUACUGACAGCCUUCGUAAUAUUCUCAAUUUAAUUAAAACAAAUCAAUUUUAUUUAAACAUAUAUACUUCUUCAUCUCAUUGAAGUAUAUGUGAAUGAAUAAAUUUUUAAGCCAACUCUCACAUCAUCAAUCACAAAUAUAAGCACACUUGUGACUGUCUGACAUAAGCAGAAAAAUACAGGCUAGAUUAUUGGGGCAAUCAAAAAUGAUGGAUUUGAUUUGACAAACAUAAAUUUCAAAUAAAAUUGUAUGAAAAUGCCAAAAUUAAAAAAUAAUAAAUAG